GCUCCUUUCUGGAAAAUAUGAAUAUUAAGCUUACUGAGAAAGAACUCAUGCAGCUGAGAGAAAAUCUUCCUGUUGAUGCUAAUGGAAAAAUUGAUCUGAAUAAGGUGAUAGAUGGAACCAAAGAGAUUAUAGGAGAGCAGCUUAAUAUCGAGGACAUGAAAACUAUUCUGGAAAGCAUGGGGAUAGAGCUCACAGAUAAGGAAUUCCUGAAUCUGAGGAGACAUCUGCAGUUUGAUGAUGACAACAAUAUCUAUGAAAACCGGUUACUAGAAGGUGUGAAAUCUCUUAAAAGUGGGAAAGUUAAUGUCAACAACCUGGAUAAGGUCCUGGGUAAUAUGGGAAUCAAACUUUCAGAUAAGGAACUUAAAGAUCUGGUUCAAAGUCUCCCUGUUGAUGUUGAUGAGAAGACUUCUCUAGAAACUUUGAUGAAUAAAGUGCAAGUUUUCACAGGAGACAAGGUUGAUUCUGGUAAUCUGAAAAAUGUCCUGAAAAAUAUGGGGAUUGAGCUCACAGAUAAGGAACAAGAGCAACUAAUGAAAUCACUGCCAACUGAUGGUACUGGAAAGGUAUAUCAGCAUAGAUUGAUGAGGGGUGUGAAGUUUUUCAAGGAGGGGAAGCUUGACCUAAAUAACCUGGAAAAUUCUCUAGAGAAUAUGGGACUCAGGCUCACGGAAGAGGAAAUGAAAAACCUGUCAGAUAAUCUACAAGUUGAUGCUAAUGGGAAAGUUGCCCUGAAAGAUGUGAUGGAAGGAAUAAAAGCUACUACAGGAGGAGAUGUUGAUGGCAAAGAUGUGAAAAGGAUUCUGGGGAACAUGGGAAUAGAGCUCACAGAUACAGAAAGCUUGGAACUCAUACAAAAGCUGCCUUUUGAUGAUGAUAACAAGGUCUUUAAGAACAGAUUGCUAAGAAGUCCAAAGUUUUUUAUAGGUGGGAAGGUCAAUGUCAAUAACCUGGAUACUGUUCUGGACAACAUGGGAGUUAAACUCUCAGAUAAAGAACUUGAAGAUCUGACACAAAACAUACACGUUGGUAGUAAGUAUGCUGUCAGAUAA